CAUUCAGAGGACGGAGGAUAUCAAGUAACAGUAACAGUUGUUCAGUUUUACAGUUUAGUAGUUAAUUUGCUACGAUGACGGAACAGAGAGACACUGGCAAAAGUAAAGUUGGAAAAUGUCUGUUGCAUAACUGGACAGAGGAGAGGGCUGUUGCGGCUCUCGACAACGAGGAGACAAAGACACAAAUCCAGAGACAUGGGCACAGAGGGAUUCUCACAAUGGAUCAGGAGUCUAAAAUGGAGACUGUCACCACACUAAAAGCAGCUUAUGUCCUUCCAAAGGGUCCAGGGGUGAAGCUUAAGGGCAUCAGAGGCGAGCUUUUGGAAAAACAUAUCGCCCAGAUGAUAAGUGACAAGGUUCAUGCUCAGCUGAAUCCACUGACGCCCAAAACUGACUUCUGCUCCACCACCCACAGGGAUUUCUGUGUUGAGGGAUUUGUGCCUCUUACCCCAGGCACAACACAGGCUCAUGAUUAUAAAACUGACCAGGCGGUUACAUUUUGGAGUGAAAACUACCAGCUGGUGCAGGGUGUGACGCCCGUACAGACCCUGAAAGCACCUUUCAGGAAGUCUGCGCUGUUCAGCACACCUAUCAGUGAGCGGCUGGAUGAAAUCGAGCCCCCACUCGACGACUGACAUAGUACGUCAGAGCAUCGCGUUACAACACUUCAUUACCAGUUUAUAAUAAAGUGGUAAUCCACUUUAAAGGUUAUUGUUAUCCUCAAUGAUGGUGACACAUCUGAAGAUUAGCUGCCAUUGUCACAUGAUGUUUUGUAGUGGAGAACAGCAAAGUCAUUGGAAAGGCAUCAUUUAUGUAUAAAUGUUUAUUAAAAAUGGGACGACGAUGUUUAGCGAGAAAGUUACAUGCCUGGAAAAACACAUAAAUCAAUAGGUCAAACCACAGCCAGCAGCACACUGAUAUAUGGACUUUAAACCUGCAAAACAAGCGAUCUCUUACCUCAAUCAAACGCACCAACAGUUUCUGUUGAACUGAUUUGCUGAGAAACGUUUGCCUUCCUAAGAAUCAUCAUGUGUUGUGUUUGUAAGCACUGUGUGUAAUUCUAGUUAACACUCACCCAAAGCACAGUGACACAAUGCAGAUUGCAUCUAGUAAACCAUGACUAAAAGGUUGCAGAGAUGUAGCUGCCCUGCUCCUCCUUCUCUCUUCUAGUCUUGUUGCUGUGUUUUUUUUCAUGUUCAAUGUUUAAUGUCCUGUUUGCCUUCCUCUGACGUCUUCAUCUCCUUUUUCUUCUCAUCAUUAUGUUGCUGAAGUUUAAAUCUCUGUAGGUGUUACAUGUGCUUUUUCUGUUCCGCCAAACUUACAGUUUGCUGCUGCCACUUGUGGAUCUAUUAACCACAUCAUAUCCAGUACGUAUAUACACAUAAACAUAAUAAUGUACCAUAAAUGCUUUUAACAUUUAGAAACAGAUUGGAUUAGUAGAGUAGAAAGACUGGAAUUAUUUGUAUAGAACGUUGCUGAACUAGAAAUGUAGUAUUUAUUGUUUCUUUCUUGAUAAGAAAAAGUUUUUACGUACACUUUAUACACAGUCUCUGAUAAGAACCUGUCACUAUUAGUGUCUCAACAUCAGCAGACAGAUGCAGCAGCUGUUCUUAACCUCAAACGUAUUCAUGCAUCACUAGUUUAAAACAGGUCGCAUCAUGCAACCUAUGUUUACACAUACUUACUUCUAGUUGUAACUGUUGUGCAGCUGACUGGACCAACCUACACAAACAGAUCCCAGGACCAGCUUAGAGGGAGUGAAAGAAGUAAUAUGAAUGGCAGAGGACAGCAGUGAUAACCUUAAUGAAAUGCACAGCAAUAAUUAAAUGUUAUAGCAUGACGGGAAUCUCAUAGAAACUGGUAAUAUUUGCAUUUAAGAACUACGAACUUGCAUUUCUCAGAAUACCAGUAAGUAGUGUAAUUUACAAUUCUCCCAUUACUUUAAACUGCAUGGAUUCUAAAAGACAGCCACCUUUACAACAGACUGGCCUUAAAAGUAUCUGUAUAUUUAAUGUUGUGCAACAGAGGUUUAGUAGAUAUUCCUAAAAUAUUCCUUAAAGUGACAGUUUUGGUUAUUUGACUUGGAGGCUGUAUGAGGUAUCAAUCCAUAGUCAGUGUAUUACCUGCAGUAGAUUCAGGUCUGUGCCCUCUCAGUGUGGAGAAGCAGGCAGGAGCACUGGUGUAGAAGCUGAGUGGUGUACUAUUGGGGACGGGGACUUAAAAAUUGCCCACCUAAAAACCCAAUAUAAGUGCACACUUCACUUUGAAUAUUUUCACUGCUUUAUCUUGCCGUCAAACAGAAAUACGUUUUCUGCUGAGCUGAGCUUCCAUAUUCCUACGCAUAAGUAUACUUGCUCUGCUCACCGUAUUACUGUGCAGAUCAGCUGUUUUAGGUGUAAAGGGCAGUUGAUGGCAAGAUAAAGCAGUGGAAAUAUUCAAAAUAUAGUGUACACUUCUACUCAUAUAGUUUUUUUUGCUGGGCAUUAUUUUUAGGUGGUAAAAAAAUAAUUUAGUUUCUGCUGUACCUGUCCACAGCAGCACAUCACUCAGCUUCUGUGCUCUCCUGCCUGCUUCUCCAAACUGGGAGGGUGCAGACUUCUACUACUGCAGAUAAUACACUGACUAUUGAAUAGAUAAGUUACACAACCCUAUGUCAAAUAACCCCGAAAUUUCACUUUAAGUUUUAAUGGUGCAACCUGACUAAUGGAAUGAGCAGUCUGAACCUUCAUCUCGUGUUGAAAGUUUGAUUUUGUGACAGCAAAUGUACUCUGUGUAGCUGCACUAUUGUUGCCUGUGCUUGCUUUGUUUACAGGCUCCAUUCAUCUUUUUUUUUUUUACCAUUUCACUGUUGCCUUUUGCAACCUCUAAUUAUUGCAAUCAAACAAUGCAACAAAAAGCCACACUUACCUCCUACGCCGGGCAAAUAUCUCUCUAUUGUCCUUGAACAAAAUAACAAGAAAAGCUAUCGGGACUCAGAGAAUUGCACAGAGAGUGCAUCUCCACCUUUACAAAGACGUGUUUUCACAGGCCCACAGUAUGGAGAUGUGAAACACAAUACAUUGUUGAGAAUCACACAGUGUAUGCUACAGAUUCACAUAUAUGUUCUGUCAAUCAGAGGACAAUUCCAGGCGCCGCUGAUCCUCUCUGAGCUUUCAGCGGGGAUUAGUAGGCGGUAGCUAUGGCGACAAGUAAUUUUAGCAUAUAUUUAUGCAGCUUUUCUCUCCAAACAUUUCAUUAUCUCAUGGGAUGAUACAGGAAAACCAAUUUGCCUCUGAAAUACAGGGCUUUUGAGCAAAUUUGUACUUAACAUUUAAAGUGAAAUGCAAUACAGCAAUUUUCAUUUUACUUCUGUUUCUUUUAUUUCAGUUGUGUCUCUCUGAGUGUGUCUGUCUGAGAGGUUUUUUUUUUUGGGUGGGUGGGGUAAAAAAUCAGCAAGAUUUUAAGGCAUCUGAUUCUCUGAAAAAUAAUAAACCCUGAUUGUUGAAAAUCCAGGUUUUACAGCUGAAUUCAGUUUUUUCCACAAUCCUCAAGAUUCUUCUAAUCAUCUGCAGAAAAAAAAUAAAAAAAAUAAAUAAAAUAAAAUCUGUUGUAACUCUAUUUCCUAAUCCAAACAAAUAUGCCGGGGAGACAAAUGUUCAUCCUUAGUUUGUACUUCAUAAAUCAAAAUCAAAAUGUUAAAUUAUAUUGCAAUAUUAAUGUUACUGUUCAUUGUUUGAUAUUUUCAUACACAAUCAUGCAUUUAUAUUUUUCUUCUGCUGUUCUUCAAAAAAAUAUUUAAUGUAUGACUUCCAUCUUUGUUUGGAUUAGAAUAUUAAGAUUAGAAGAUAAUAUUGGAAUAGAGUUGCAACUUGUCAAACUAGUCAAAAUAUUUUAUUUAUUGAGCGGCAGAUGGUUUGAAGAAUCUUCUGGAAAUACCUUCAGAACUGCGUCUUGUGACCUUGUUUUUGCCAGAGACUUAUCUUUCAGGAGAAGUGAUGCUUCGCUCUAUGACUUGAAUGCAAUGGAAAGAGUUAGGUUAGAGUUAAGUAGAGUUACAGAAGGUAAUUGCACAAGUGAGGAAUACAAAAAAUACAACAAUGAAUAAAUCAGGAUCAAUAUGACAAAAAAUACAUGACUAAAAGAAAACCUCCUAUUCACCACCUCCACUACAAUCUAAUAAAGAUGAAAGUACUGUGUUUUAGUCUGGUGCUGGUUCAAGAGUCAUGAAAUCAUCAAACAGUUGGAAAUAUUUAUUUUAUUUAAUGAUUUUGAAAAUUAUUUUUGCAGUCAGUAUGCCUGGAGGCUUUGUACUUCAAGGUCUGGGCUGAAUGAAAAUGCAGAGAAUAACACAUGACACGAUGACAGACAGACAGCCCAGUCAGUGGAGAGAAGUUAGCAGGUCAGCGAGGGACUCAGCGGAGACCUUCACUCCGCUGCUGUGCCUCUAACGGGCGCCGGCCGUGUGUCACUGUGAGGAUGUGGGCGGUAAUUACAGCUGUGCAGGAGGGGAAGAUGUUCUCCGGCAGAGAUGAAAUCACACAACCACACACACAGACACAGUGCCCACGCCCCCGUUCCAUACACUGAUAAUGAGCAUCUAAUGAGCAGUGAUGUCAUUACAACAAACACACAGCUGUCUGCUACCAACUCGCUUUUCCCUUAUCAGUGCACAACUGCUUGCAGCUUAAUUAGGCUGCAGAUAGUUAAAGCUGUUUUUCUAAGGCACAAUUUAUAUACUAAAUUAUAAUAAUAAUAUAAUAAUCCUGGCAGCAUCGUAAAAUGUAAAGUGAUAAGGCUAAUAUAUGUUGGAUAAACCUGAACUAAUUGUUAUGACUUGGACCUCAUAUUUAAUAGAGGAUAAAAAUGAAAAAUAAAGCCUUCAAGGUGCAGCUUAAUUUCAACAGACGUUCCCAAAAGGUUACACUUACAGACCGCCCCUCUGCUGAACGGGCUGCCACACUCCUGCCUUUUAAAUGUGGUGGUGGGGUCUGAGCACAAGGUCUUUUAUAAAUUCUUUCUCGGUUAAACUGUGAUGAAAACAUUUGGCUGAGUGUUGUCAGGAGGAGAUGAUGGCCCAGAUACACAGAGCUAACAUGA